CCUUUCAUAUUUUCACAGAUGCUGUGAAACCUCUCCAGUUGCUGGAAGCCCUGAUAGUAACUACACUGGUCACAGAGGUGGAGAGAAAAUGCUAAGGAUAAAACCAGUGUUUGUGACCAGUCCAUUGCUGCUUCCCAGCCUGCUGUCAAGGGGUGACAACAGUAAUACCGGUCAAGGUGGAUCUUCUACACUGAGAGCAAAAAUGUAAAAGAGCCAGGAAUGUCCAUUCAGUGCAAUAUCCUGAGAGGGACCUGCAGCCAUAAACAUCAGCACCAAAGGGGUUUCUCUCCUGCUGGGCUCAAUGCAGUGACCCCUGCACCUGCCACUAGGCUGGAAUUCCAUCUGGUUCCAGGAGUCAGAGUUGCAAUUUGUUAGACGAAACAGAAGAGAAAAUUGUCAGUACAAUUCUUGGAAAAAGCUCAAUUAAGGGGAAGAAAACUCUGAUCACAGAGCUCAUUACUAGCUGCAAAGGAAAGUGCGGGAACUGAUUGUGAGGUUAUGAAUAGAUUUAACAGUAAAUCUCAACAUGAAAAUUUCAUCUGGAUAAAUUCUUUGUUCUAACCAACAUUUUAAGAGUUUUGAAAUAGAAUCAUGAAAAGAACAGACAUCUAAGUGGCAAUUAUUGAGCAAAGUACCUUUCCUUCGGGAUGUACAAUCAGAACAGCAUGGGAAAUGGAACUAUUAGAGCCCCACGAAGGGAGGAUAGCUGCCUCUCCUCUAGGAGGAGAGAACAUUCCUCUGGGGCUUUUGCUAAACUGCAGGAGACGGUGCUGCUUCUAGAAGAGGAGCUGAGACAGAAAUGGAAAGAGCUGCAAGAAAAGGAUGACAAAAUCAAACAGUUGGAGAAGGAACUGGAAACGAAAUCCAUCCAGAUUGACAAACUGCAGGAUGCUAUUGGGUACAACAACGUCCAGCUGUCCCCCAAGGGUAGUCAGAAGAAGAAACUUCUAAGUGUUAUAAACCAAGGGCCUGCUCAGUAUAAUGAGAAAGCACCAGAAGCCCACCGACGUCAGAAAGCUAAGGAGGGGGUGUCAGCAGAGCCAACUUCACGGCAUUAUUACAGUCCCAGUUGUCAGAACCCUGAUGUUACCUGCAUCCGUAAGGACUCUAGUGCCAAGAAGCUUAUCACUGGAGCAAUCAUGAGUAAUGACUUCUUAAGGCAGCUGGAGGCAUCACAUGUACGGAGGAUGGUGGACUGUAUGUAUGAGCGGCUAUACAGCCAAUCACAACUUGUCAUUCAGGAAGGUGCAGCCGGAAACCAUCUUUAUGUCUUGGCAGAGGGCUUGCUUGAUGUCAUUCAGAACAGUCGGCUGCUAGGGCAGAUGCAUCCCGGGACUGCUUUUGGGGAAUUAGCAAUUCUGUAUAACUGCAAAAGAACAGCCACAGUGAAAGCGGUAAACGACUCAAAGAUCUGGGUCUUGGACAGGCAGGUUUUCCAGAACAUCAUGAUGAGUUCAGCACAGGCUCAGCAUCAAGAAUACUUCAGCUUUCUCCGCAGUGUUUCACUACUGAAAGAUUUACCCGAAGAGAAGCUAUCCAAGAUAGUAGACUGCCUGGAAGUCGACUUUUAUGACAAAGGGGAUUAUAUCAUUAGAGAAGGAGAAGAGGGCAACACAUUUUUCAUAAUCGCCAAAGGAAAGGUUUGUGUGACACAAGCUGUAGAAGGAUCUCAGGAACAACAGGAAAUCAAAACUCUCGGAGUUGGAGAUUACUUUGGGGAGAAAGCAUUGAUUAGUGAGGAUGUCCGCUCUGCCAACAUCAUAGCUGAAGAGGAUGACACCCAUUGCCUUGUCAUUGACAGAGACACAUUCAAUCAAAUGGUUGGAACUUACCAGGAGCUGCAGACGUACCUGCGGGAAUAUGUGUUCCAGCUAGCACUUAGUGACCAUGACAGAAGGAAUGCCAGGCGAAAGAGCCUUCAUCAUUCAGUUUCACGAGAUAACUCAGAGGUCAACCAGCUGAGAGAGCUUGUAUCCAGAUUCUCCAGCACGUCCCCUUUCCGUUACUUGGAUGUUAUCACAACACUUGGGACUGGGGGAUUCGGGCGCGUUGAGCUGGUAAAAUUAAAGGAUGAAGAUUUGACCUUUGCUCUAAAGUGCAUUAAGAAGAAACAUAUUGUAGACACACAUCAACAAGAACAUGUGUACUGGGAAAAGAACAUAUUGCAGCAGAUCAACUGUCCUUUCAUCAUCAGGCUCUACAGAACUUUCAGGGAUGCCAAGUACGUGUACAUGCUCCUGGAGGUGUGUCUCGGCGGGGAACUCUGGAGUAUUCUACGUGACACGGGCUCUUUUGAAGAAGGGACUGCCAGGUUCUGCAUUGGAUGUGUUCUGGAAGCCUUUGACUACUUGCACAAUCGGGGAAUUGUCUACCGAGACCUCAAACCAGAGAAUCUUCUACUUGAUUCUGAGGGAUACAUCAAGAUGGUAGACUUUGGGUUUGCAAAAAAGAUUGGGCCAGGAAAGAAGACGUGGACAUUCUGUGGAACUCCAGAGUAUGUGGCCCCAGAGAUCAUCAUGAACCGAGGACAUGAUUUUGGGGCAGAUUAUUGGUCUCUAGGAAUACUUAUCUAUGAACUAUUGACAGGAAGUCCUCCAUUUUCUGGAACAGAUCCCAUCAAAAUUUAUAACAUGGUGUUAAAAGGAAUUGAGAAAGUAGACUUCCCACAUCGCAUUGGACGACGCUCUGAGGACCUGAUCCGUAGACUGUGCAGGAUUAAUCCAGCAGAAAGACUUGGAAAUCGCAAAAAUGGCAUCAGUGAUGUUAGAAAACAUAAGUGGUUCCAAGGCUUUAACUGGGAAGGACUGCGUAAUCGCAAAUUGCUCUCUCCACUGAAAAGAGAGAUAAAGGGAAUCACAGAUCACAGCUAUUUUGACAGUUUUCUCCCAGAAGCUGAAGACCCACCAGAUGAGCUAUCAGGAUGGGACAAAAACUUCUGAAGAAAAAUGACCUUAUUUUUCAGUGGAUUUGUUACACCAAUUUUGGGAUCACAGAACAUUUACAGCACUGCUGCUUCAGCUAUCAUGUAUAGGCAACUCCAAGGACCCAAGUAUGGAAAAUAUUUUUUUUUUCCAGCUCACAAAAUACUGGAGGAAGCAUAAUAUACUUAUUGUGAAAAUCGUGCCAGAGGAGUAAACACAGUCUCUGCUUCCCCCUUUUGAAAAGGCUGUUCCAGGAUGUUUUUAAAGAAGCAAAUGCAUCAUAAUGGCAGCCAUUUUGUUAGGUUGUGUAAACACUUUCUCAGGAGUGCUUUUCUUUGCACUUGUAGGAACAAACUUGGAUAAAUUAAGCAGUGCUUAAUAGUUUUUUUUCUUUUCUGCUUUAACUUUGUUUCCUCUAUUAUUAAGAAUGACCAUGACCUUUCUGAUUGUAUGUGAGGUAUUUAUACCAUUUAAAAGAAGAUUAUUUCAUUAGGUUGCCUCUGCUAGUUAAGUGUUUUCUGUUCACAUAGAGUGAUCUAUUACCAUACAUUGUUGAGAAGUGCAAAAAUACAGGAGAUUUUGCCUCAUAGUGUUCUAGCAGAGGCUUUUUGUGCCAGUGAAUAGUUGAAAUAUCAUGUGACUAUGACACUUCUUGUUAGUUCUGUGAGAUAUCAAGGCAGUGCACAUAAAGUGAAGCGAGUUAAUUUAGAUCUGUAGACUUGUGGCCUAAGCACUGAGGGGCAGAUUUAUUAAGCUCGGUGAAGUGAUAAAUUGGAAGGUGAUAAAGGACCAGCCAGUCGGCUCCUCACUGUCAUUUUUCAAACCCAGCCUGUGACAUGGAAGUUAGGAGCUGAUUGGCUGGUACUUUAACACCGUGUAAUUUAUCACUUCACCAGGUUUAAUAAAUCUGCCCCUGAGUGACCCAUUUUUCAUAAUAUUUCACACUGACGUACUAAAGUACUUGGUCUACUUCACUGGAUAUGAGGAAAAUGUUCUUUUAGUUUAAGGGCUGAGAGAAGGAGUUAUGGCUGCAUAGGAUAGAAUGUUUUGCUGUCAGAUUCUGUUCCUAAAAUCAUAGGCGUGUUUACAAUUUCUAGAAUGUUAUAUUUCAAUGCAAAAUUACAAUUGCACUCACUUUUCCUACUUAUCACACAGUGUUAUAGUAUGAUUUUAUUUUUGCUUUCCAAGCCUUUGAAGGAUAAUAGAAAAAAACUCUGUUUAAUUGCUAAUCUACAUCUAUUUAUCACACUGUGUAGUGCUCUUAUUUUGCGUCCAUUUAACUAAAAAUCUUCAGCCGA